UUUUUUGUCCAACUUGUUACUCCACUCCUCUUAAAUCUCUGCUCACACAAGGCGCUCCUUCCCUCAAUCUCUCUUCUCUCCAAAGCCCUCUCUCUCUCUCUCUCUCUCUCUCUCUCUCUCUCUCUCUCUCUGUCCCCUGAGUAUCUCAUGGCGACCAAACCAGCUGGUGAUGAGGCGUCAGAACCCCUGAAGUACCAGACAUGGGUCUUGAAAGUUUCUAUCCACUGUGAAGGCUGCAAGAAGAAAGUCAAGAAAGUCCUUCAGAACAUCGAAGGUGUUUAUACCACGGAGAUUGAUUCUCAGCAACACAAGGUCACUGUGACUGGAAAUGUGGACGCGGACACACUCAUCAAGAAGCUGAUGAAAACAGGGAAACACGCGGAACUCUCACCCGAAAAUUUUGUCAAGGAGAAGAAAUCCGGCAAAUCAAAGAAGAAGAAGAAGAAACAGAACAACCCUGAAAACAGCGAAGAGGGUAGUGAUGAUGAAGCGGACAAGAACCAAAACGCCCUAAAAAAUGAGCAGGCCGAGAAGAAACCUGAAAACAAUGCAGCCGUUGAAGAGUCCCCGGAGGCGGAGGAUGAUGAAAGUGAGGAACCUGCUCAGACAACCGGCGGUGGCAGCGCAGGAGGGAAAAAGAAGAAGAAGAAAAAGAAGGGGCAAAGUGGUAAUUCGGCAAAUGGAGCCGGAACUGGCAGCGAUCCACCGGCAACCACCGGAUUUCCUACACCUACUGGGAUGCUGGACCCACAUACUGUAUCAAUGAAUCUCAGCCCUCCAACUCAGCAUGUGUAUCCAUAUCCACCAACUCCCUAUUAUGAUCCACCUCCAGUGUAUGGGAUGAGUUACAAUACGGCGGCGUAUCCUAGUACUACCACUUCGUAUUAUGCUCCACCAAUGUACCGUUAUAUGCAUAAUCCACCACCUCCACCGUCUGAUCCAAUCAAUUCCUAUGAUGAUGAUGAUGAUGAAAGUGGAUGCUCAAUCAUGUGAUAGAGAGAGACUUUUGGGACGUGGAAGGGGUAUACGUAAAUCAUAUUAUGUUAAAAGUUAAUUUUGUAAUAUUGUAGUAGAAGUUCUAAAUGUAAUACUAGUGCUAGUAUAAAGUUUGUGUUAGGUUAUGAAGGGUCUUUGAUAGUUUGUUUUGUUAAGAUAUGCUUUUCUUUGUUUGUUACCUUGGGUUUGCUUAGGCAUGUCAAUAACCUUGUGACCUAUAUAUAAAUCUCCAUCUCACACCCUUGCGCAAGGGAGAA